AUGCAAAUCAAUCAAAAGCAGCAAGAAGAAAGAUCGAAGAAAGACGCAGAGAUAGAAAUGCUCAGAAAACAACUGGAUGAAGCGAAUGAACAAUUACGAAUGGAAAGCGAGAGCAAGAAGAUGUGGAUGGAUAGUGCCCGGGAAGCACAAGAAAAGGUUACGACAGAGGCGGCCAGAAUAAAGGCACUUGAGGACGAGUUGAGGACGCUGAAGGAGAAACUCGAGCUGAUGCAGUUGAAAUUGCUCGAUAACGACAUCGAAAUUCGUCAGCUAUAUGAAACGUGCAUCGAUCUCAAGGGCAGGAUUCGUCUGUGCGUUCGAAUAAGGCCGUUAAUUGGUAAUGAAUGCAUCACAUUCCAAUAUAUCGAUAUCGUCAACGACAACACCGUUCAGAUUAUGCACGUCUCGAUAAUCGCACGUAACAAAGAGCUCGUUCUGAGGAGCAGUUUGCAGUUGGGAUGGAAGUCUGGUAGCCUGACAAAAAGAAGCAAAGCAGUGCAAUGUGAAUGCGAGCAUCUUUGGUUGGAUGAUGCCUCACAAUCGGAUGUGUUCGAGUCGAGUGCUCUGUACGGAUCGAAUGUGGCGAUAAUCGCCUACGGCCAAACGGGAUCGGGCAAGACGUAUACGAUGAGGGGAGGAGAUGGUGAUUCUGCCGGUAUUAUUCCAAGAGCACUGGCAAUGUUGUUCGAUUCGAGUGCCAAACUGCAACUCGCAGGAUGGGUGGUAGAAAUAUCGCUGUCCAUCCUGGAAAUCUACGUGGGCAAAUGCUACGACCUCCUCGACGAGCACGAAAGACGUCCGUUCACGUUGCACUUCGCCAACAACAAUCCGGACUUCCGAGAAUUGACAUCACUGGCGAUUACGACAGUUGAUGAGGCACUUACGGGAAUCGCUCGAUCUGAUAUGCUCAGAUCGUGGGCAAGAACGGACACCAGCGAGUAUUCCUCGCGUGGCCACACCAUCGUCAGGAUUCAAAUCAACAGCUACUUGCCCCAACAAAAUAAAUGUUUAUCGUCGUGUAUAUCACUGGUGGAUUUGGCCGGUUCGGAACGAGUGAAGGAGUCUGGAGUGAGCGGUGAGCGCUUGGAGGAGACGAAAUAUAUCAACAAAUCGCUCAGUCAACUGGGCGUUGUAUUACGCGCUGAGCUUGCACAGGGUAACCACGUGCCGUACACCAGCGACCCUCUGACGAAAGCGCUGUCAGAGUCAUUGGGCGCUGGUUCAUCGAAGACGAUGCUGAUCGCAAAUAUCCGACCGGAUAGCGCGGCUACCUACGAGUCGUAUCGCACCAUCGAGUUCGCGAAUCAGCAAUUUAUUCUGUCUGCAUCAUCGCAGACAAAAUUGGGCAUAAGUUAUUUUAUCUCUUAUAGGCCAUGCUGGUCAAAACGAAUCGGAGCGGGCGACAUUGCUGAGGUGAAUGGAGAUUGCAGUGAACGAUGGAUGCGAAUACCUUUGUGGAUGUGA